AUGCCAACACCCAAGAUCGGUAACGCUUCUUACAACCCUCUAAGCAUUUCAGGAUCCAAUGAUAGAUUUGCUUCGCGGGAUCUAACUAGUAAUACCAUCGUUUUCUGUAACACUUCAGUAAGAAACAGCGUUUCGGCUUUUCUCCACAAGGAGUGCUACUCAUUGGCUACCAGUGGCAAUGCUUCUUUCAUUUUUUCAUCGACAAACACGACAUCAUCUGUUCCUACUAUUAUUUUCGAACCUCAUCGUAAUUUUUCUUCUUUAAGUUCGAUUAGCAACAGCGCUUUACCUGCUACUACAUCUGCCUCUAAAGCUCCAAGCAGUACCAGCUUUUAUUUUUGCUUCCUUCGAACCUUAUAGUGUAAGUGAUGAUUUUACUUAUCCAGUGCAACAUGGGUUUUGGCUCCAUACGUAGUACUGCAUCCUCCAA